AUGCCUUCUGAUCACCCACAGACACCCGAAAGUCCCUCUCAUUCCUCUUUCGGUCCCUCCGACCUGCCUCGAAAACCAAGCACCUCGCCCCACUUCACCAACUCCCUUCCCACACCCGCACACAGCAUCAACGGCAGCAUGUCAUCUUUAGAGCCUCAGAUCGUCGAGGCAAACAUGCGUGAUGAACCCUCGAACAAGCGCAAGCGUGACGUAGAAGAUCACGGAGAGCGGGACCAGAAGAAAGCUCACGUCGAGGAUAGCAGACUCAGUAUCGAAGACCUCCAUUUGGAUGUCGGCGAAAAAUACCUUCUCUGCAGAACUCCACACCCUGGCCAAACACCCUUACUAUCUCAAGAUCUCUUUGAGCGCUACUCGCUAGAAAGCAUCGCCAAGUCCGUUGCAAGGCAGAAGCCAAAUGGAGAGAAGAAUGCUUUGCGCAAGACCUAUAAGAACUUCUUCAAAGCUCUAGAACUGAGUGGCGACCCGCAAGUGGACAAGAAAGAAGUGAGCGCUCCAGGUACGCUGUCCGCCAUGUUGGCACAGUCUGAAGAACAAUGGGACUCUGAAAUGGUUCGGGGGCACGAGAUGGACAAAAGUUUUUCAGACGCAAUGAAUACUAGCAUGGGCAAAGCUUUGACGAUGGCAAGAGGGAAGAUACCAAAGGCUGCGUGGAAUCCUGCGAUACUCGGCGAGGUGGCGGCCCCAUCUCAACUGCCCGAACCCGCAAAGGGUCUCCAUAGUGGGAACAGGACGCCGAUUCCGCAUGCUGCAGUGGCCGCCAGGGCAGGCAAGGCAGACAUUCCCCGUCCCAAGCGUAAUGUGAAGAAACGAUCCUAUGGUGAUGCAAGUUACGAAGGCUAUGGUGAGGGCUAUGUUGACGAUGACAAUCAUGACGUGGGAUACUCUACCGGAGAUGGAGAAGACAGAGGUGGCCGUAAACGACCCAAGAAGACUGGUCCUCAUUCCUUCCAAACUCCUUCCGGCCCCAUGCGCCAAAACAGCUACGGCCCUGGCAUGGUUGGGGUUUGA